GCUGUGCCCUCUAGUCUGACACUUCCUGCUAAUUAACUUCCAACCAAAUAGUUGCAGAUUCAAACUCAGCUCAAUGAGUCUUCUUAAUAAAGUACUUUUCACAAUGUAACGAAAGGAUCAAUCAUACCCAGCCUUAACUCCUGACUCGAUUACUAUUUUAGUGCCAGUACCGGAAAGGGUCUUGAUGUAGGUUUGUGGAGCAGUCAUAGUGUCCCUGUGUUGUCCUUACUGAUGAGUCGUUGCCUUGAGAAUCACUGUGGUUUGCUUUCAUUUCCUGAGCUGUGCUGCAACACUUCCUCUAUGUCACUGCUUCGAGAUGGCGAUCGCCGAUUUGGCACCCUGGAUUUGAACACGGCCUGGCCUUGUCAAGAGAGUGGAGGAGUCAUGCCCAGAUUGGCAGCAGCUGAGCAACACCGCUGUGGGCAGAGGAGUGUCCGUAGGACUGCCAACUGACCACACACAGCAGAUUCCCGCUGGGCAUGGAACAGUCAGCAGAUGAGAAUAAUGAGUUGCCCAUUGUGAUGAGAGAAGAAAACAGGGGAAGAAGACGGAAGAUGAGAGCCAACAUCACCAGGAACAUGCAGCUCUAUUCACUGGAGCAGCUGCCUCUUGAUUUUGUUCUCCCCACGCGGAACAAAUUCAACAACAGCCAUGAGAAGGUCUCCAUGGAGGUGCUGGGCAAUUACACAGUGGAACAACUGAAAGCAAGGGUCUGGGUGAAGGCAGGUGGGGUCAGUGCCACCCCUGAUUUCUACCAGAAGCUCAGUCCUGACCACUUCAGACUGUUGUACCAGAAAGAGGGACAGUGGUACGAGAUCUACGACAAACACCAGGUGAUCCAAACGCUGGAUUGUAUCAACUACUGGAAGACCUUGCAGAGGAACAAUGGCCAGAUCCACUUGGUGGAGAAGACAAAGGCUUCGGAGGAGUCCUUGCUGUUGCAAAGUGACUUAAAUUACCUGAUUGGCUACGACGUUACAGAUGUGAGCAACGUCCACGAUGACGAGUUGGAAUUUACCCGCCGAAAGUUGAUCACCCCUCAGCUGAAUGAGGUAUCCAGCAGGGAUGCAAUGCUGUACUCCAUGGAUCCUUGUAUCACCUCUAAGCCUUUGCCUGAAUACCUGCUGAGUAAGAUCAGCAACAAUCACAUUUUCAUCAUCAUCCACAGGGGAGCAAUGAGCCUAACUAUCAAAGUGUCCAUUGAAGAGACGCCACGGACCAUUCUGAAGAACUUCUUCAAGAAGAUGGCCAACAAGAUGGGGCUGCUGGAAAUCUCGGAAUGUCAGAGUGAGGAAGACUUUGUUCUAAGGGUGUGUGGCAGGGAGGACUACAUAGUUGGUGACCACCCAAUCAAGGACUUUUGUUGGAUAAGAAGUUGUUUAAAGAGCGGUGAGGAGAUUCACUUUGUCUUGGUUCAACCCCCUGACCCAAAGUUUGACAUGGUCCAGAAGGAAGAAUGGCCACUUGUGGAUGACUGCACUGGGGUGACUGGAUCACACGAACAGUUAACCCUGGAAGGGAAGGAUCAUGACAAAGUAUUCACCAUAUCCCUCUGGGACUGUGACAGAAAGUUCAGAGUCAAGGUUAUUGGGAUUGAUAUCCCUGUGCUCCCUAAGAACACGGAGCUCACUGUUUUUGUUGAGGCCAGCAUCCUGCAUGGGCAGCAGGUACUUGUGCAACAAAAGACACCCACAAAAGCCUUCACUGAGGAGGUUCUGUGGAAUGUGUGGCUGGAGUUCGACAUUAAGGUCAAAGACCUGCCCAAGGGGGCACGUCUAAAUCUCCAGGUUUACUGUGGUAAAGCUCCUGUGCAAAGUACGAAGGGCACGUUGCAAAUGCAAGAUGAUAACAUGUUGGACAGCAAGAGCAAGAAUCACCUUCUGUACUACGUCAACCUGUUGGUGAUCGACCAUCGGUCUCUCCUCAGGCAAGGAGAGUACGUGCUUCACAUGUGGAAGAUCCCUGAUAAAGGAGAAGAACAAGGAACAAUUGAAGCUGACAAGCUGACGUCAGCGACCAAUCCUGACAAGCAAACCUCCAUGGCAAUUUGCAUUCUGCUGGACAGGUACAAUUACCCCAUCGCACUGCCUCGAAUCUGUCAUAACUCUGGCAGUAACCUUGAGAGGUUUGGCCAGGAAAUGCACAGCCAGCUACGAAAACAGUUCGAAGAGAUCAUCAGCACUGACCCUCUGAGCCCAUUGAGCUCAGAGGAUAAAGAGUUACUCUGGCACUUCAAGCACGAAUGCAUGAGACAGCCCAAGGCUUAUCCCAAGUUCCUGAGCUCAGUAAAAUGGGGACAACAGGACAUUGUACUGAAAACGCAUCAACUGCUGGACAAUCAGGAUGUAUGGGACAGCAGUGCUCUGGAUGUGGGGCUUGCAAUGCAGCUUCUGGACUGCCGAUUUUCAGAUGAGCAGGUUCGGACAUUGGCUAUUCGAAAGCUGGAGACCCUCGAUAAUAGUGGAGUGCUGCGUUACCUGUUGCAGUUGGUGCAGGCUGUCAAGUUUGAGCCCUACCAUGACAGUGCCCUUGCCCGAUUUCUUCUCAAAAGAGCGUUAAGAAGUAAAAGGAUUGGUCAUUUUCUGUUCUGGUUUUUGAGAAGUGAAGUGGCAGAGUCGAUGCAUUGUCAGCAGCGUUAUGCAGUCAUCCUGGAGGCCUACCUCCGAGGCUGCGGGGAGUCCAUGCUGACUGAUUUCAUGAAGCAGGUCAAGGUCAUGGACACUCUGCACAAAGUGACACUGCAGAUCAAGAAUGUCACUGCUGAGAAGUAUGAUGUUUCAGCUCAAGCAAUCUUACAGUUAAGACAAAAGCUUGAGAAACUCCAAUUCACCGAUUUUCCAGAAGAUUUCCGAGUUCCGUACGAUCCUGGCCUCCGUGCCGGUGCACUUGUGGUGGACAAGUGCAAAGUCAUGCCAUCAAAGAAAAAGCCUUUAUGGCUGGAGUUCAAGUGUGCUGAUCUCACCUCAAUAUCUAAGGAUACUAUCAGCAUCCUCUUUAAACAUGGAGAUGACCUGCGGCAGGACAUGCUGAUCAUACAGAUCCUUCUAAUCAUGGACUCAAUCUGGGAGACAGACUCCUUGGAUCUUUGCCUUUUGCCUUACGGGUGCAUUGCAACAGGGAACAAGAUCGGAAUGAUUCAGAUUGUAAAAGAUGCCACAACUAUUGCCAAGAUUCAGCAGAGCACAGUCGGCAACACUGGGGCAUUCAAGGAUGAAGUGUUAAAUCACUGGCUGAAAGACAAGUGCCCAAUUGAGGACAAGUUCCAAACAGCCGUGGAAAGGUUUGUUUAUUCGUGUGCUGGCUAUUGUGUUGCCACCUACAUCCUGGGUAUAGGAGACAGGCACAAUGACAACAUCAUGAUUACAGAGUCAGGAAAUCUAUUCCACAUAGAUUUUGGUCAUAUUCUUGGAAACUAUAAAAGCUUCAUGGGAAUCAAUAAGGAGAGAGUUCCCUUUGUUCUGACCCCUGACUUUCUCCACGUGAUGGGCACAUCUGGCAAGAAGACUAGCCAACACUUCCAGAAGUUUCAGGAUAUCUGUGUUAAGGCCUACCUUGCACUCCGCCAACAUACCAAUCUGCUGAUUAUACUCUUCUCCAUGAUGGUGAUGACAGGGAUGCCACAACUGACCAGCAAAGAAGAUAUUGAGUAUAUUCAAGAGACACUGACUGUGGGCAAGAAUGAAGAGGAAGCCAUGAAACACUUUUUGGAUCAGAUUGAUAUCUGCCGGGACAAGGGAUGGACUGUCCAGUUCAACUGGUUCCUCCACCUUGUACUGGGGAUCAAACAGGGGGUUGAAAAACACUCUGCAUAGCUUCUUGGAAAAUGGAGGGAGGGGGACAUACAAUAGAAUAUAUCCUCAAACUGAUGUGUGCAGAUGUCUCAUUAGAGUCCUGCCCAAUCCUGCAAUUUGUAGUUGGGUUUGGCUGACUGCUCACUCACUGGAACCUAAAUGAUUCUGAUACAGUCUCGAGUGGAAUUACACGAAGUGCAGAGUUAGAUUUAGAAGGUCAAGGUGAUUAGAGAAGAUUAAACAUUUGGCCCCCUUAACCAGCUUCAACUGAGACUGCAACCUUCUCCAAUUUUUCCUCUCAACCUAUUUGCAUCACAUUAGAAAUUGUGUGCAAAAUUAUUCAUAUAAACAACAAUAUGGAAAGAAGGAAAUAGAUACGACAGGUAAAAAAUUGAUAGAGGAACUAUUUCUCAAAUAAAAUUGCUGCCAGUGGCUCGGGGAAAAAUCACAGGACAUUGAAAACAAAAUUAAUUCACCCAGGAAUUCCAGUGAACAAGUGGGAGCUGUUGCCUCAGAAACAAUGUCGUCCAAUUUCCUGUAGCACUCUAAAAGAACUACAUCGAGAAUGAUGUUUCCCAAAAGUAGAAAUAGAUAACGAAUUAUGGUAAAUUCCCAUCUGAAUUUCUGGAAUGAUACAAACGGACCCAGAUGUAGGUUGUUAGACAAAAAAUAUACAAUACACAAAAUGUAUACAACUGAAUUUCUUAGCAAUUUAUUUUAAACUAUCUUAUCAGUUACAAAUGUGCUGUAUUUGAAAAAGCAAAGACAAUCUGACUGAGAAUUAAUAAAUGGAUAUUUAGAUG